AAAGAAACGUUUUUUUUUCGAUUUGAAAAGAUUUGUAACGAUUAGUAAGAUCAGAGACAUUAAAAGGUAUAUAAAUAAUAUAAAUUAUCAAUUAUCAAUUAUCGUGCUUAUAUCGUGCUUAUAUUGUACUUAUUGUCAUUAUAUUUGAAGCCAUAUUCAAGUCAUAUUAAAAUCAUAACUAUACUUUUUUCAUAUUCUUACUAUGUUUACUGGGUUAAUUGAGCACAUUGGAACAGUCUCGGAAUACAACAAACUUGAUGAAUCAAGUUCUGGGGGAAAUGGUGUUUCUUUAACAGUAACUGAUGCUUUACCCAUUUUAGUUGAUGCCAAAAUUGGAGACUCUAUAGCGAUAAAUGGGACCUGUUUAACGGUGACUGAACUAAUCAAUGCGAGCACAUUUAAAGUUGGAAUUUCAAGCGAAACCAUACGUAAAACCAACUUGGGAGAAUUACAUGAAUCGUCAAAGGUGAAUUUGGAAAGAGCUAUGGACUCAGAUGUCAGAUUUGGCGGGCAUAUGGUUCAGGGCCAUGUUGACACAAUAGCCAAAAUAGUCUCGAGAGAAAAGGAAGACAAUUCGAUAAUAUUCACAUUUCAAUUGAGGACUGAAGAUGAUGAAGAAAAAAAAUUGGUCAAUUAUAUUGUGAAGAAGGGGUUUAUUUGUCUUGAUGGAACCAGUCUCACUGUGACUGACGUAGACUACACCGAUUACACCUUCAAAAUCAUGAUGAUCAAACACACACAGGAAAGAGUCAUUAUGCCACUAAAAUCCAUUGGGGACUAUGUUAACGUCGAGGUGGACUUGGUGGGCAAGUUGAUUGAGAGACAGAUCGAAAACCAGCUUGAAAACCUCAACGAGAGCAGCCCCCUAGCAAAGUUCAUUGUCUCGAUUGUGGACAAGAGAAUCAAGGAGCUUGUGCACUAGAACCAGAGCCCCCAGAGCAACGAGAACAUCUCCAGGGUCGCCAGAGACACGAUACACCAAUAAACACCACUUCGAAGCAACCCAACGCUGCAAAUUCGCGAAACUCUCCCAGCCGCCCUCGGGCUGCUAUUAUAUGUGCCCUCGGAUGUGUUUCCAGUUUCCCAACACCCAGCGCCGAAACACAAGCUCUGAGCUCCGGCGCCAUUCCGG